AUGGUCAACUCCUGUUGUGGAUCCGUCUGCUCUGGCCAGGGCUGCGGCCAGGAGACCUGCUGCCGCCCCAGCUGCUGCCAGACCACCUGCUGCAGGACCACCUGCUGCCGCCCCAGCUGCUGUGUGUCCAGCUGCUGCCGCCCCAGCUGCUGCAUUUCUAGCUGCUGUCGCCCCUCCUGCUGUGGUUCCAGUUGCUGCCGCCCCAGCUGCUGUGUGUCCAGCUGCUGCCGCCCCAGCUGCUGCAUUUCUAGCUGCUGUCGCCCCUCCUGCUGUGGUUCCGGUUGCUGCCGCCCCAGCUGCUGUGUGUCCAGCUGCUGCCGUCCAGUCUGCUGCCAGACCACCUGCUGCCGUACCACCUGCUUUCGCCCGGUCUGCUGUGGAUCCUCUUGUUGUUGA